AGACUAGCGAGUCUUUCGAGAACAGCCAGACUCCCGAAAAUAUAAAUGUGUUAGGUAACGUAAAGUAAGUGUUAUAUUUAGAAAAUUUUCUAUACGCGCUCGCGUGUGUAUCGCGAAGGUCGAUCGUGUCAAUCUUUUCUCAGUUCCUCAAGAAUAAAAUUAGCAUAUCAAGUAUCAACAUCUCUUAAAAUGAUAAAAAAUUCGAAUGGCAUUAAAAGCCCAGAUGGCACGGAUGCCAGUGAGACUACCGUAUUAAAACCAAAGUUGGAGACAUUUGAUGAUGUCUUGCCAUACGUCGGUGACUUUGGCAGAUAUCAGUGGCUGCUUUUAGUGGCUUUGCUUCCCUACAGCGUGGCAUAUGCUGUCCUAUACUUUUCGCAAUUCUUCCUCACUUUGUUACCGCAGGAACACUGGUGCAAGAUAGAGGAACUAAUUUCAAACUUUACGCAAGAAGAAAGAGUGAAAAUCGGCAUACCAGAGUCUCCGGAUUAUCCGUAUUACGAUCGAUGUCAUCGACGGGACUUGGAUUUUCUUUCCACUUUAAAUCACAAGGAUAUUCGCUCGAUCAAAUGGGAGACAAACAAAACUAUAAAUUGCGACCAAUGGGAGUACAAUUUCACGCAGAUUCCGUACGCUAGCAUAGCAGCUGAGCUAGAUUGGGUAUGUGACCAGGAAUAUCUCAUCUCAACGGCACAGUCGAUCUUCUUCUGCGGCUCCAUCGUCGGCGGUUUCUUAUUUGGAUGGAUCGCCGAUCACAAGGGGCGGAUUCCCGCCCUGAUGCUGUGCAAUGGUGUUGCUCUCUUGGCAUCGAUCGCUACCGCGAGCGCGAACACCUUCUGGUCCUUCGCCGUCUGCAGAUUUCUUACUGGUCUGGCUUUCGACAACUGCAUGAACAUCCCGCUGAUUAUCGUCCUAGAGUACAUGGCCGUGAAGAGACGAACCCUGGUCGUCAACGUCGCCUUCGGUUUAUAUUUCGCUAUUGGAAGCACGGUUCUGCCAUGGACCGCAUAUUACAUCGCAAACUGGAGAUUCUUCGCCUAUAUUACUGCAGUGCCUAUGAUGAGCGUCUUUAUCACGCCUUGGAUUCUUCCCGAAAGUGCUCGAUGGUUCGUCGCCAAUGGCCGAAUAGACAAAGUGGUGCAGAAGUUACAGCGGAUAGCAAAGGUUAACAAGAAGAGCCCCGAUACACGCAUCUACGAAAAUUUCGUGAGGAACUUCACAUCAUCCGAUAUUCAAACGGAAAGCGCAACCAUAUUCGAUCUGAUAAAGUCACCGCGAUUAGCGAAGAACUCUAUCUUGUUAAUUUUCUUUUGGUCCUUGACUGUGAUAGCCUUUGACGGGCACGUGUACUCUCUUAAGCUAAUCCCAAGCUCAGUGUUCGUGUCUUUCUCCCUUGCCUGUGCGACCGAACUGCCGGCUGGACUGUUGCUGGCAUUGGUACUGGAUCGUUGGGGUCGCCGAUUCUGCGGAUUUAUCACUCUGGCCUUGACUUGCCUCUUCAGCUUCGGCGAGUUAUUGUUGCAGUCGAUUGUAGCGAAGCUGACAAUGUCGGUGCUCUCGCGAUUUUGCCUGAAUAUGGCGGCCAAUGUAGGUCUACAAUACGCCGCGGAAUUAUUACCAACGCCCAUCAGGACGCAAGGAGUCUCGUUGAUUCACAUUUUUGGCAUAGUCGCUCAUUCUCUCGCCCCAUACAUAGUGGACAGCGCCAAGAUUUGGGACAGUUUACCGAUGGUGAUCAUCAGUAUCGUAUCUCUACUGGCUGCUACGCUGGUAUUAUUUCUACCGGAGACCCUCGGUCGCGAUCUCCCGCAAACUCUACGUCAAGGUGAAGACUUCGGUAAGGAUCAAAGUUUCUGGGCGCUACCCUGUUGUAAGAGAUCGAACCGGCAUCGACAUUAUCGUCCAAACCAGUUAUCUAUAUAAUUCUUCUAAUUCUGUUAUAUUAUAAUGAUUCUCGCUGCAACGAUCGAGAAUAUAUAGUUAAGAAAUUUUUAAUGCCGGCUUUUUUUUAUACGCGGCGAUAUAAAUAAUUCUGUGCU